AUGUCGUCUCAUCAUCGCUCCGGUGGUCCUCCUUCGUUGAUGGACGAUGUGCACGAUUUUGAUCGUAAUUUUCAUUCACAUCGUUUUGAAGGCGGUAGAGGUGAUCAUAGUCGAGGUGGUGGUGGUGGAAUGAGAGGAAGAGGCGGUGGCGAAGGAGGCGGAAUGCGAGGAAGAGGUGGUGGUGACAGAGGUGGAAUGCGAGGAAGAGGAGGUGGUGAUGGUGGAUUUAUUCCUCGAGGUGCUGCACGUGGUGGACGUGGAGAUUUCCACCAACGUGAUCGUUUUAAUAAUAAUAAUAAUUUUAAUCGUCACAAUGAUGAACAACGUGGUGGUAGUCAAUCAAAAGUACCUAGUUUAUUUGAUGUUGAUCAACAACAAUCACGAUCAUUUGAUCGUAAUGGUAAUGGUCAUCGUGGUGGUGGUGGUCGAGGACGAAUGCCAUAUCCACGAGGAGGAGGAGGAGGAGGUGGUCGUCGUGAUUCAUCGGGAGAUGAUCAAAAUCGUCAUGGAGGAAGUAAACCAGGUGGAAACGAAGGACCACCUUCAUUACUUGAUUUUGGAAGUGAAAAAUCAGGAUUACCACCAAAUACCAGUAACAACUCAGUACCUUCACUUUUAUCCGUCCAAGUUGACAAUUCAGCUGUACCAUCACCUGGAUCCGAACCAAAUAAAUCAAUAGAAACACAUAAAGAACAUUCUCAUGGAGAUACUUCAAGUAUACGAUCAGAUCAUUCAUCUCAUCGUGAUAAUCAAAGUCGAUAUCGUGAUCGAGAUUCACACAGAUCAGAUCGUGGUGGUUUUAGCCGAUCAUCUUCAUUCAACAGAGAUCGUUCACGUUCACCACGUGAUCGAGAUCGAGAUCGUGAUCGUCAUCCAUCACGAGAUGAUCGUUCAUUUGGCGGUGAUCAUCGUCGAGGUGGUGGAAGAGGUGGAAGAGGCGGAAGAGGUGGUGGUGGUGAUCAUUUUGGUCGUGGUGGACGAGGAGGUGGUCAUCAUAAUAGUCCACGAGAACCACAUCAAUCACGUUUUGGUUCUGAUAAUAAUCAACCACCUUGGCAAGAUCGUCGAGAAGGAGGUCGGGGUGGUGGACGAGGUGGUUUUCAUGAUCGUCAACAUGACAUUGGUGGUCAUCAACGACCUAACGAACAGUUACCACCAGACAAUCAUCCAUUUAACCGAAAUGAACGAUCAAAUUUUAAUGGUGCACCACCUCAAAUGCGACCUUUUCAAGAAGGUUUUCAACAUGGAAAUUUUGAUCCAAUGGGACCAUCUCAACAUAAUCGACCAGAUCUAUUACAACCACCAAAUUUCAAUCAAGGACCACCAUCUAAUCGUCCAGAUUUCUAUCCUCCAAAUUCUAAUAAUUCAUCUUAUCAACAGCAUAAUACUCGUAGUGGUGGUCGUCCAAGUCGUUUUACUGAUCGACAAGAUGAUUAUGAUGAUGAUCAACCAUUAACAAAACCAAAUUUUUCUCUUCCGAAUGCUACAGCAACAACAACACCACUAUAUAUUAAUCAACCAACUAAUCCAACAUUUAGUCAAACACGUCCAUCAAUGUCAUCAACAUUUUCUUCUCAACCACCUGCAAAUAUGUUUCAGCAAGGAGCACCUACUCAUAAUCAACCACCAUCUCAGUUUGGAUGGCCUAACCAACAACAGCAGCCACAACAACAACAACAACAAGGUGGACCAAAUGCAUAUAUGAAUCAAGCACUUGCAUCACUCGCUUCAAAUGAUCAACAGAAUUCUAAUAUGUCAGGAUCUCAAUCAUCUAAUAAUUUCUAUGGUAGUAAUAAUGAUUUUCAUCGACAACCACCUCCAUCUUCUACAAAUCAAUUUUAUCCAGGAGCUCCUCAUCCUUCCCAAACUGGUAGCAAACAAUCAAAUGUUAAUCCUCAAUCAAACUCGUCUUUAAUUCCACCACAACAACAAGCUCCACCUUCUGCUCCAGGUACAAAUACAGCAGCAAAUGCUAAUAACACAGAUGCUUGGCAACAGUAUUGUCAACAAUAUUGGCAAUAUAUGCAACAACAACAACAAGCAGGUGGUGUUCAACCAUCACCUACGCAGACCAAUACUCCACAACAAUUUCAACAGUCUCAACCAGGAUCAAAACCGCCAGCCAAUUCAUCUUCUACUGCUAGCAAUACUCAAGAUCCUGCUUUAAGUCAAGCAAAUGCAAAUGCAUGGACUCAAUACUGGAUGCAAUGUCAAGUAUACAUGCAGCAGCAGCAACAACAACAACAACAACAAUCCCAAACUUCAUCAACGACAAAUCCAUCCACGAUAGCAGCUCCUUCUCAACUUUAUUCUCAAACAUCAGGAAAACAACAACAGCAACAACAACAACAUCAACAAAUGCCAUCAUCCGGCUCCACAUCAAAUCAGAGUGGAGGAUCUGGUGCCUCAGUAUCAAACUGGCAAACAUGGUUCAAUCCAAAAGGAUAA